AUGGCUCCCGCGAAGUUUCCUGCAUCUUCAGCAACUGAAAGAAUUCUUACUCUCACAAAUCAUCUUAAAGAAUCGCUGAAUCCGGCAGACGAUAUACAUAAAGCAAAAAUGGCAGCACCGUACAAAUUCCAAGGAUGGUUGGGAUUGGAUAAGGAUGCGACGAAAGGGAAGAUGGUUUGGCAAGAAUAUGAGCCAAAAACGUGGACUGAGGACGACGUUGAUAUUAAGAUAACUCACUGUGGGAUUUGCGGAUCAGAUCUCCAUACAUUACGGUCUGGUUGGGGAGCAACACUUUACCCAUGCUGUGUUGGCCAUGAGGUUGCUGGUACAGCCGUUAAGGUCGGAAAGAACGUGAAACACAUCAAGGUUGGCGACCGCUGUGGUGUUGGAGCUCAGUCUGGGUCAUGUCUAGACUGUGAAGAAUGCGCAGAUGGAAAGGAACAACACUGCAGAUCCAUGAUUGGGACCUACAACGGAAAAUACCCCGAUGGUUCAAAGUCAUACGGUGGCUACGCAGACUACUGCAGAGCUCCAGGACAUUUCACCGUCAAGAUCCCAGAUGGUCUGACUCUGGAAGAGGCAGCUCCUAUGCUUUGUGGAGGCAUUACAACCUUCAGCCCUCUCGUUAACAACGGCGCUGGCCCAGGCAAGAAGGUCGGCAUCGUAGGCGUUGGCGGACUGGGGCACUUUGGUCUGCUGUGGGCAAAGGCACUCGGAUGCGACGAGGUUGUCGCUAUCUCUCGAUCGACCAGCAAAAAGGAAGAUGCCAUGAAAAUUGGAGCCACCAAGUUCAUCGCCACCGAGGAAGCUGGCUGGAACAAGAAGAAUUCUUCAAGUCUCGAUUUGAUUGUAUCCACUGUGUCCAGCCCGGAUAUGCCUCUUGCCGGGUAUCUCCAAUUGCUCAGAACAAAUGGACAAUUCAUCCAGGUCGGAGCUCCCGAAGACAAUAUCCCCGCGUUCAAUGCAUUCGCUUUGAUUGCCAAGGGAUGCAAGAUGGGUGGUAGCUGCAUUGGUUCGCCAAAGGAUAUCGCAAAUAUGUUGGACUUUGCAGUGAAGAAGCAAGUCCACCCUUGGAUUCAAGUUCGACCUUUGAAGGAUGCCAAUCAGGCUGUGGUGGACAUGGAGGCUGGAAAGGCUCGCUACCGUUAUGUUCUGCAGAAUGAAGCCCACGCAGCCGCGCUCAAGGCGUAA